AUGACUUCUAAAUCAACCAAGCGUAUCACCCCAUACACCCGCCAAAAAGAGUUUCCAAACACCUUCAACGUUCUUAAUAAUACGUUGGUGUGUAUUUGCUGUGAACAUUCAGUUAGUUGGGAACAUAAAGUUAGCAUUACAACUCAUGUUAAUUCAAAAACUCACAAAAAAAAUAAGCAAAACUAUGAUGCAGCGGCUCAAAAUAGCCAGUUUCAAACUUUGGAAGAUUCCUUUUCUGAUGUAGAGUCUAAAAAAGCAAUGGUAAAAGAUCUUGUAGAAGUCUUUGUAAAGGCAAACAUUCCAUUAGAGAAAGUAAAUGCACUGCGACCGUUUUUGUAA